CAAGCACUGAUCCGCGCUUUCUGAUCGGCUAGUUUGCGUCACGUGAUCACAAUACUCUUCGCUGAUUGGGAGGUCGACACAGGUUGUACAUCUCACUCUCUCUCUCACUCUCCAGUUACUACGAUUUGAGCUUUAGUAUGUGUGCGUGUUGUAUUCUUUAGUUGCUCCUGUGAAAAUAUCAUGCCUGUUCUAGGUAUGGAGGCUCUUGCGGGGCCCUGUCACUCCGCUAACACAUUCAGAGGUGCUCGACUCUCACCCAUCAAGAAGGUGGUUCCAGUAAGCCCUCUCCCUGGCUCCCCAAUACAACUACAAGAUGAUAUCCAGUUCGACCCCUCCUCCAGAUACGUUACACCCGGAUCAGUUGGUGGCUUCUUCAGUACAAGAACCCAAGUCCUAUCAGUAACCUUGCCCUCACUACACAACGAUUUCUACGUUCCAGCUAGGGGCUUCAUGAAGCGACCUGUUGCUUCCAACAGAUUUGUGCCAACCGAGGGAAGAUUAAGAUCUAGUCAGGAGCUAAGCCCACGAGACAGAUUGCGUGUGGAGAAUGACUUGUUACUUUUAGCCAAGGAGCGGUUAAGGAAAUCUAUGCAAGUGGUGCCACACAGAUCAGAACAACCCUACCUUAUGGCUGGCUUUCCAGUCAAGUUACAGCACCGUUCUUCGAACGGUCUACUCUCCCUACCUGCAGUUGCCACUCCCCUCACAAUCAUGCCUCCUCAACCCAGCUUAGUUCAGGAGGGGGAGAGAAGUUCCUCCCAGAGUAGGAAAUACAGCUCUACUUCGGUACCACGAAAUGGGAGUGUCACUUCAGAGGCGUUCCUAACUCAGUCAACACUCGAUCAGCAGCCUAUUGUCAUGGAUGAGAUCACUGUGAGGAAGUGCCCUAACUAUCGGUCGCCGUGCAGUCUGCUUGGUAAGGACACGGUAUUGGAGCUAAGCAGGAAGUUCAGAGCAACUUCACUGCAGGCUGACACUCUUCCCUACAGUCUAGCAGAGGAAUUGGUUUCUAGUGCACCUGAUCCUUCUCUUGCUGUCCAGGUUAGUGCACCUGAUCCUUCUCUUGCUGUCCAGGUUAUAGAUAUAAACAAAGACGGUAUUGUGGACAUCAAGGAGUUCAUCGUAGUUUCCAGCCUCAGUGCACACCUCUAUAAAGAGUCAGAUGUGGAUUACACGAAGUUAGAAAACAAACUCAAAUCAUUAAGGCGCCAGCACAUGGAGUUAGGUAACGCUACAAUCGGAAAUAUAAUCAACAGUAUUUCUAAACUGCUGAUAACUCCUCCUCUAAUGGAAUCCAUACUUACCCUUGUCAACUGUAACCCUAACGAGAAUUUGGCCUUUUUGGAGUACUUGUGUGUGUACAAGUUCUGGGGGGACUUGGAGAACAGCGUCCUAGACGAGGAGCUUACAGCAGAGAAGUUAUUACAGAAGGACGUGAACGACUAUGUGACAUCGUAUGUGGGCUCCAGUGACAGUACUUUCUCAUUUGACGACUUAGUCUCUUCUACCGACCUUUUGUGACGAUCUGACUGUCUCUAGUUGAAGUGGUGAGAUGUAAAAGCACGUGGCGUGACGCGCCGCGCCCGUCACCAGUCACCACCAGCUUGCCCAAUCUACAUUCUAAACAUCUUCAAUGAACUGCACUACACCAUCUACACGCCUUCAAUUAAUACUUAUACAAACUAAAGCAUCAAGCAUUCAAGCACAACAUGAUAUUUUGUAUCCGGCCAUAUGAACCCGGUCCAAUACUUACUUUGAGGUCCAACAGAUCAAUAUUUUAACGAAAAAGAGACUAUUUAAAUACUCGAUAGCUGAUACAAUCGUCUAGAAGGAUAAUCGGGUUCCGUGAGUCGAUAAAUAAACGCGACUAAAUAUCGUGUAAUUCACUUUCUAUUUAUCGUAUUUUUUUGAGUUGCAACUGAUCGCAAGAAUGAUUUAAGGUUUUGGGAUUAUUGGACUUUACUUACUUAUAAGUUAUAGCUGAUAUGAUUUUGAGUUGAUAAGGGACCUUAUAAACGAGUGAUCUUGCAUUUUGAAAAUUUCCCUGUCAA